CUGCGCAGUGCGCCUGCGCAGAUCAGAGCUCAGUGAGUAUGGCGGAAUCGCAGUGUCAAGCCGAGUGCGCGAUUAUGUCGUCCCGAGUGCAACCGAUCCUGGUGAUCCUGGGUGCCACCGGCACGGGUAAAUCCAAGCUGGGCAUCGAGCUGGCCCGUCGCUUUCGCGGCGAGAUCAUCUCCGCCGACAGUAUGCAGGUCUACAAGGGUCUCGACAUUAUCACGGCGAAAGUGACGAAGGAGGAGCAAGCCCAGGCCCAGCAUCACUUGCUCGACGUCGUCGACCCGCUCCGCGAAUUCACGGUGGUCGAAUUCAGGAACAGGGCACUGCCGAUCAUCGAUAGACUGGUAAAAAGUGCGAAGAUGCCCAUCAUUGUGGGUGGCACGAACUACUACAUCGAGUCGCUGAUCUGGAAGGUCCUGGUUGACAAUCCGAAUCAGGGCGAUUUUGACAGUGACGAAGAAUCGCCGCUGAAGAUUCGACGAAUAGACGGGACUAGUAAUGAGGAGUUGCACAAGAAACUAAUGGAGGUCGAUCCCGAAAUGGCGUCGAGGCUUCAUCCGAACAACAGGCGGAAAGUCAUCAGGUCGCUGGAGAUUUUCGAGCAGCACGGCACAACGCACUCGGAGAUCCUGAGACAGCAGCGCCUCGCCGGGGGCAGCGCACUGGGCGGCCCUCUGCGACACGAAAACUCGAUUAUCCUCUGGCUGACUUGCAACAGGGACGUUCUGGACAGGAGAUUGGACGCUCGAGUGGACUCGAUGCUGAAAGCUGAUUUGGUCCAGGAACUCCUUGACUUUCACGAGAGGUACAACAAGGAUCGCAUCCAGAAGAAUGAGUCAGCCGAUUACUCCAAAGGCAUCUUCCAGAGCAUCGGCUUCAAGGAAUUUCACAACUACUUGAUACUUCCUAAACAGGAGCGGGAUUCCGAGACGCAGGGCCAGAAGCUGCUGAAAGAAGCCAUUGAGAAUUUGAAAAUAGCCACGAGGAGGUACGCCAGGAGGCAGCACAAGUGGGUGAGGAACAGACUCAUACGAAGGGUGGACAGACAGAUCCUUGUGUGCUGCUGCUCCGCAGGUGCCGCCCGUCUACUCGCUGGACUGUACGGAUCUGGAGCAAUGGGAAAGCGAGGUUUAUGGGAAAGCGGUCGAAAUCGUGGCUGCGGUUAUGAGCGGCGAAACGCCCCGUGUAAAGGCGACGAACAGCUCUGUCGACGACACCGAUGCGAAAGUCACCGAUCCCAGUAUUGAAACGAACCAUUUCUGCGAGGUGUGUCAGAGGGUGUUUAUCGGGGAGUUCCAGUGGACGGAACAUAUGACCGGUGCCAAGCAUAAAAGAGUCCUGGAGAAGAAGAGAAGACUAGAGAAGGAGCAGUACCUGAAGGAGCUGGAGAAAAAGUCUGAAGCCGAGGCUGAGAUUAAAAAGGACGCUGAGAAUGGAUCCGAGACUGAAUCCGAGGCGAAGAAAGAUGCCGAGGAAGUGCUACAAACUAAGUCUGAGGAGAAGAAGGACGUUCAAAAAGUAUUAGAGGCUGAGUCUUUGACGACGUGAAUACAAAGACACGUGUACAAAUGAUUAUUUUGUAAAUUUUGUACUGAAAACCACGUUGAAAAUAAAUUGUGUGUAAAUACAGA